AUGCAAUACUGUGUCUGUGUUGGCUGUGCCCUCAAUGUGUGGCAGAGUGAUCGGGACACAGGAGUGGGAUGCAAAGCAAUCUGGGAUAACAUAGCAUGUUGGGACCGUGCAGAGGUUGGAGAGACUGUCACUAGAGAGUGCCCCAGAGUGCUCAAGAUGUUUUUUGGCAGAAAUGGAAACAUAAACAAGAACUGUACAGCGGACGGAUGGUCUGAUGUUUUCCCCAACAUCAGCAGUGUGUGUGGGGCAGAAGAAAAGGAUGAUAGGCUUGUCUUCUUUACGGUGGUGAAGACGCUGUAUACGCUGGGCCACAGUUUGUCUUUGAUCGCCCUCACAACCGGGAGCGCCAUCCUCUGUCUAUUCAGAAAACUCCACUGCACGCGGAACUACAUUCACCUCAACCUCUUCUUUUCCUUCAUCCUGAGAGCGGUGGCAGUCCUUGUGAAGGACGACAUCCUCUUCUCUCGCAAUCAGUGCUCUGAGCAACCUUCACUGAUUGGAUGCAAGGCGAGCCUGGUGAUUUUUCAAUACUUUAUCAUGGCCAACUUCUUCUGGUUGCUGGUCGAGGGCCUCUACCUCCAUACGCUCCUGAUUGUCAUCUUCUCUGAAAAUAGACACUUCAUCGUUUAUCUUCUCAUCGGCUGGGGAUUCCCAACCGUGUUUGUUUCUGCAUGGGCUAUAACAAGGGUUUAUUUUGAGGAUACUGGAUGCUGGGAACAGAAUGAUAACCCAAUCCCCAAGUGGGUGAUCAAUGUACCCAUAGGCUUCUCCAUCAUGGUGAACUUCCUCCUGUUCAUCAGUAUUAUAAGGAUUCUGGUUCAGAAGCUGAGGUGUCCUGAUGUGGGUGGCAACGACCAGUCACAAUACAGGAGGUUGGCCAAAUCCACUCUCCUGCUGAUCCCCCUGUUUGGCAUCCAUUACGUUGUCUUUGUGUCUCUCAAUGAAUCCAUGGAAAAUUAUAAAAUCUUCUUUGACCUUGCUAUCGGAUCCUUUCAGGGCCUGGUGGUUGCCAUCCUGUACUGUUUCUUAAACAGUGAGGUUCAAGGGGAACUCAAGAGAAAAUGGCGGAGUAUAUGCCUCAACUGCCAUAUGGCCAGAAACUACACCCAGCACAACACCUACGCCUCCAAAAACGGCUCAGAGAACAUGGCUCAGUUCCAACGUAAUUCUCGUGCUCAGUCCUUCCUGCAGUCAGAGACCACUGUAGUGUGA